UCGCGUCUCGCGCUUGGCGCUCUCGGGACGAUCGAAAUCUUGCUGCUGCGGGAUGGAAGGGCAAGAUGCUCUCGCCAGCAAGCUCUCGCCGUUCUCACAGGGAUUGUGGCACUGGGUCGUCUCAGGGCUCCAUCUCUUCUUCCUCGCCGCUGUUGCGCUAGGGUUUGUGGUGUCGAUCAAGACCGGCGCCGGGAUCUUUGGCAGCCAUCCUGUUCCUCGCCAAUGGCUUGCUUCCUUCCUCGCCAUUCUCAUCGGCAUCGCACACUGGAGCAUUCUCGGCGGAUUGCUCCAAGAACAGGGGGCUCCCAGACACGAUAUUGCGGCAUCGAUCGUCCAAGGCGUGGCGUGGAUCGUCCUCUCCUUCACAGCAUUCAUGAAGCCAAGCCGCGGGCCACUGAUCGCAGUGCUACGCAGCUGGUGGAGCGUGAACUUCAUCCUGGGGACAUUCAUGGCCGUGUAUGCUGGGCACGCCAUCGUCCGCCAUAACUCGAGCUCCCAGACGCUAGUGGCGCUAGCGAGCUGGCCAGUCUGCUGCGUGCUACUCUCCUUCUCCGGCACUCUCAAUGAUGGCUUUGAGUGUCCAUCGUCCGCAACGCUCUCGGAGCCAUUUCUAGCGUCCAGCAGCAGCUCCGCGCGCGACACCGAGAAUCUCUACCACGUCCACUGCUCGACGUAUGAGUCCGCCGGGUGCUUGAGCCGGGUGUGCUUCACUUGGCUCAAUCCUCUCUUCUCACUGGGCAACAGCAGGCCUCUCAAGCCAAGGGACAUUCCAAAUCUCGGACAGGAGGACAAGGCCGAGGCUAGCUACAACCUCUUUGCGAAGGUGUGGAGCCAGGAGAAACUCAGGCAUCCACAGAUGAAACCAUCGCUUCGCCGGGUCUUGACGACGUGUUUCUGGAGGAGGCUGGCCUGGAAUGGCUUCUACGCGUUGUUCAAGAGCGCCAUGCUCUCGGCCGGGCCGCUUGUCAUGAAGGUUUUCAUCGACUAUGCACAGGGAAAGAUCUACUUCAAGUACGAGGGGUACGUUCUAGUCUUGGCACUGCUCGUCGCAAAGUUGGCGGAAUCGGUGGCACAGCGGCUCUGGUAUUUUGGAAGCCGGAGGAUUGGAAUGCAUGUCCGCUCGGCGCUGAUCGGGGCUAUAUACCAGAAGGAGCUCAGGCUGUCGAGCAUUGGCAAGGAUGCUCACGCUGGAGGGGAGGUUGUGAGUUACAUGGCAGUGGAUGCUUACAGGAUUGGGGAGUUUCCAUUCUGGUUCCAUCUGCUGUGGUCGACGCCAUUGCAGAUCAUCUUCGCCUUGAUCAUUCUGUUCUACUCCAUGGGAUUGGCCACCGUUGCUGGAAUUGUGAUCCUCAUUCUGACAAUGGUGAUCAACGCACCGAUGGCUAGCCUGCAGCAGAAGUAUCAGAACGAGCUUAUGGAGGCCCAAGACGAGCGUUUGAGAGCAACGUCGGAGGUUUUACGGCACAUGAAAAUUGUCAAGCUGCAAGCUUGGGAGGAAAAGUUCCGGAGUAUGAUAGACAAGCUUCGUGAGGUGGAGAUAAACGGGCUCUCGGCGCUUCAGUACCGGAAAACUUACAAUGCUCUCGUAUUCUGGCUGUCACCAAUACUGGUUUCUACGGCAACUUUCGCUGCUCGAUACAUGCUCGGGAAGCCCCUGACUGCCAGCAACAUAUUCACGGCUCUUGCUACUUUCCGGAUAAUUCAGGAACCAAUCCGUGCGGUCCCGGAUGUUGUCGCCAUAUUGGUUCAGGUGAGAGUCUCACUAGCUCGCAUUGAGAAGUUUCUACAAGAUGACGAGCUGGACACGCAUGCAGUAAUCCGGGGUACGCGAUCAACAACAGAGCAUGCGAUUCAAAUGACGAAAGCAUUGCUCUCUUGGAAUGGAAGUGCGGGAGACGCGACGCUCAGGAAUAUCAACUUGACUGUUAAGCAUGGCGGGCGUGUUGCAAUCUGCGGCGAAGUUGGAUCUGGCAAGUCCACAUUCAUCUGUUCCAUCCUCGGAGAGACUCCAAAGCUUGCCGGGAUUGUUCAAGUUUGCGGUACCGUGGCAUAUGUACCUCAGAUUGCGUGGAUCCAGAGUGGAACCAUUCGGGAAAACAUCUUGUUUGGUUUGCCUAUGGAUGAGCAACGGUACAGAAGGACUCUCAAAGCGUGUGCGUUGGACAAAGACUUGGAAAACUUCACCUUUAGGGAUCUAACUGAGAUAGGAGAGCGGGGGAUUAAUAUCAGUGGUGGUCAGAAGCAGCGGAUUCAACUAGCUCGUGCUGUUUAUCAGGAUGCUGACAUUUACCUCCUUGACGAUCCAUUCAGCGCCGUGGAUGCUCAUACCUGUUCUGCACUGUUCAAGAACUGCAUAAUGGGCCUUCUCGCAAAGAAAACGGUUGUGCUUGUUACUCAUCAAGUGGAGUUUCUUCCUGCUUUUGAUACGAUCUUGCUUCUAAAAGAUGGCGAGAUAUGCCAAGCUGGGAAAUUCAACGAGCUCUUGCAACCGGGCAGUGCCUUUGAAGAGCUCGUCAACGCACACAACGAGGUCAUGGGAAUUAUGAAACAUGGAUCCGGGCAGAAGUCGUCCGGCACUCCUCCUGGCAGUGCCGCUAUUCUUCUGAGAAAGCUCAGCAGCGCAAAGUCCUUAAAGGAUUCCUACGUGCUGGAUGAAGUAGUGCCAGACCAGUUGACGAAAGAGGAAGAGAGGGAAACAGGAGAUUCCGGGGCAAAGCCAUAUCUGGAUUAUUUAGGCCAGGCUCGGGGAUUUUUGUACUGCUCGUUGGCGGCAUUAUCCCACAUCGUCUUUGCAGUGGGGCAGCUUUCUUCAAACUGGUGGCUAGCAGCAGAGGUAGGAAACAAGGCUGUUGGCCCGGGAAAACUGAUUGGAGUUUACGCAGCCAUUGGCUUGAGCACCGUCUCGUUCCUCUUUCUCCGCUCAGUUUUCAUCGUCAUCAUGGGAAUCGCAGUUUCGAAGUCAUUCUUUUCUGGACUGAAAAAUUCGUUGUUUCAAGCUCCUAUGGCAUUUUUCGACUCGACUCCCAGUGGCAGAAUUCUUAGCCGGGUCUCGGUGGACAUGAGCAUUGUGGACGUUGAUUUUCCCUUUAGCCUUUGCUAUUUCAUUGCUGCCACGGUAAACGCUUUGAGCAACUUAGCGGUUACGGCGUCAGUAACAUGGCAGCUUCUCGUGAUUAUCAUUCCUAUGCUUUACUUGAACAGAGUACUACAGACGUACUACAUGGCAUCGGCAAGAGAGCUUAACAGGAUUAAUGGAAUCACGAAGUCCCCAAUCCUCAACUAUUUCGGAGAAGCUAUCACCGGUGCUGGUACCAUCCGAGCAUUUCAGAGACAGGAGCAGUUUAUGAGAAAGAUUUUGAGCCUCGUAGACGGCAACUGUGGGCCUUUCUUUUACAGCUUUGCUGCCAACGAAUGGCUGGUUUUGCGUUUGGAAGCGCUGUGUACAGCAGUGGUUUGCUCUUCGGCACUUAUCAUGGUUUUACUUCCACCUGGGAAGAUUGAUCCUGGCUUCGUGGGACUUGCUAUCUCCUAUGGUUUGUCUCUCAAUGUCUCGCUCGUAUUCAGCAUACAACAUCAGUGUACCUUAUCCAACUACAGUGUAUCGGUUGAAAGAAUCAAGCAGUAUCUUGGCAUUCCAUCUGAAGCUCCUGCGACGAUUGAAGGAUCGAGACUCCCGGCACUGUGGCCAGCGAGGGGCAGAGUGGAACUAAAAGAUCUACAAAUAUCAUAUAGGCCUGAUUGUCCGCUUGUUCUUCGAGGUAUCACAUGUACCUUUGAGGGAGGACAAAAAGUUGGCGUGGUUGGGAGGUCUGGGAGCGGAAAGACCACCCUUAUCACAGCUUUGUUUCGCAUUGCCGAGCCGGUUGACGGCCAAAUAGCGAUCGAUGGAAUCGACAUCAGCACCAUUGGCUUGCGAGAUUUGAGGUCCAGGCUAAGCAUAAUUCCGCAGGAGCCAACGCUGUUUCGAGGGACCGUGCGUUUUAAUCUGGAUCCGGAAGGUCUCUACACUGACUUACAAAUCUGGGAGGCUCUGGACAAAUGCCACCUUGGAGAGAGUGUACGAGAGAAAGCAGAGCAUUUGGAUGCCCCAGUUGGUGACGAUGGCGAGAACUGGAGUGUUGGUCAGAGGCAGCUUUUUUGUCUCGGAAGAGUCCUCCUCAAGAACAGUCGCAUUCUCAUUCUAGACGAGGCCACGGCAUCCAUAGAUAACGCCACAGACGCUGUUCUCCAGAAGUUGUUACGGGAGGAAUUCGCAGUGUGUACUGUGAUCACCGUUGCUCACCGGAUCCCGACCGUGGUAGACAGUGACAUGGUUUUGGCGCUCAGCGACGGCAUCCUCGCGGAAUUCGACCAGCCACUCAAGCUCCUGGAGAACAAAACCUCGCUCUUUGCAAAACUCGUCGCAGAGUACUGGUCGAAUUCUUCGCCGGGCGGACUGGAGCGAAAGCCAUCGAGAAGCGUCUCCUUUAACAAAUAAUUCAAGAGCUUCCAAAGGGGAAGCGCUGAUCAUCGUAUCAUAUCGACACCAUCUUCCACUGGAGCAUGACGAGCGCGGGGCCAACUGCAGUGUCCGGUCGCACGCCAGCAUCGCGAGGUCCACAUCGCUGUGGUUCCAGCAAGCGCUGAGCAGCGCCGCCC